AUGGACCAUGUACGAGCCCAAGACCCACUGGAAGGAAAGGGCGCCGUCUCUUUUCAGGGCGCAGCGGUGCCGCGGUACAGGGAGCACAGUGAUGAGUCAGCUGACAUGAGGCCGGCCGACAGCUCUGUGCCUCCCUCUCAGUGUGAUGGAUUAUUUUUACCUCUGUCGAUUCAGGAUGAGAAGAGGCCCAUUAGAAGGGUGCCGAGUCCGUCCAGACCAAUAGCAUGGAUGACCAGUUCUUACAAGCCAAAGUUUGGGGGUCGAUUCCAAAGGCCUCAUUUUCAGAGAGAAGAUCAUCCCAUAAACAAACCUGGCUUCAGAAACCAGAGGUAUACCCACCUGAAGACCUGGGCUCACAACUAUCGCAGAGAUCACCCCCCGCUGAAACCUCACCCCCCGCUGAAACCUCACCACAACGCUCCCAGGGAGCUGAAAAGGGAAAGCGACAAGGAGAGGGAAAAGGAGUGGUACGAACAGAGAGAGAGCAUUGACGUCGGACGUUCACCUCCAAUGCAGAGCACUUCGAGACCCGUCUUAUCCAGCAGAGACAAGGACGUGCAGUUCACCGUUUGCCAGAGCAUGGGCAAGAAAAGCAGGGAGAAAGAUCACAGAGCAACCAAUCACAAAGACAGAGGGCGAAGCAGAGAUGGGGAGCUCCCUUUAACUGCGAGCCAGACGGCGGCACGAGACAGAGCCAUCCAGCAGAAGAGGAGAGAGAUAGAUGAGGUGUACUACCAGGAAUGUGAAAUGUUCGGCCUUGUGGCAAAGAUGCUGAUAGCAAAGGAUCCUUCCCUGGAGCUUCCCAUCCAGUCCUCGCUGCAGGAGAACCUCCGGGACAUUGGGAAGCGCUGUGUGGAGGCCAUGGAGAAAUUUAUUGAGGAGUACGACUCCAGGGAGCUGUUGCACUAA